ACACAGUAAAUUCUGCAGUGUAAAGUAUACAGUGACAAAAUCUGUGAACACUUCCAGAGUUCUUCCAACACCAACAAGAUAAAAUACAUCCACCAUUACAUCAAGUGUUGUUGUUAAUAUCUAGAGUUAGUCUCAUCAGUGUAAAAUACGCAGUGUCAAAGCAAACGAACACAGACAGUGUAGAAUAUUAACUCGGGACAGGUACACUGUACUCUGGAUGCUCCGCCCACCUCUGUCUCGUUUCAAAAAUCUUCAGACUGUUCUGGACGCCAUUUUCCUGCUAUGGAAGACUGUGGAGUUGAUGCCAGUUGUCAGUUUUAACAGAAGUCAUGUUGAUCAAAGCAAAACUGAACAAUGAGCAGAAAUACAUCAAGAUCAGUGAGCCAAACUUGGCCGAGUUCUUGAAUUCUGCCUUCAUGAAGUUUUCGAUGCCACCCGUCACAGACGGUGUUAAAGUCUUUGAUGAGACUGGAACAGAAGUGGAUGCAGAAGUGUUUGAGGAAGUAGCACAGCAACCCAACGCUGGUGUAUUUACGAUUAGAUUCGAUACUGAUUCUGAGGGAACACUUUCCGCUGCUUGCCAGCAGGAUUCAAAUGCAUCUCAGCCUGAUCCAGCUUCACUGGAACUUUCAGUCUGUAGUUCUGAAGGUACAGUAAUUUUGGAACUUGAAUCCUGCAACUCUGAUGACACAAUCAUCCUGGAUAAGAACAGCCCUUCCAGAAAACGCCAGAGAGAGAAUGACAAUGCCAAACAUGUAGUUGAAUCUACAUUGGCAAAGAAACCUGGUGGAGAUCGCAUUAUUAAAGAAUACAACCGAACAAAAGGGCUUACUGACUCUUCACGGCGUCAGAUGGUUAAUAUCCUUGCUGCAGACAUGACUGAAACCUAUGGGACAGCACCGCCCCGGCAUAUAAGGGAGAUGUAUGCUCAAGGCAUUGUUGAGAUGUUCCCUUAUCUCAUGGAUCCCUAUUCUAAAAAAGGAUAUGAACAUUUUUAUGACGGUGAAAGUGGGACUGGCUAUCUUGCAUGGAGGCUCAAAACCAUUCAGAGGAGGAGUUCUUCAGCAGAAAGCAGAGGGCCAUCACAUCUGCUGGCUGGUGGUGGGCCGACAGCUAAAAGAGAGGCUUUGUUUAACCCUGAGGUGAUCUUAAGUGAAGAGCAAUGCAAGGAGGCCAUGUCUUUAAUGAAAUACUGUUCUGAUGAAGCCACUAUCAAGGAGAAGAUGAAAGUUACAUUUGAGCGUCGCCGCAACAUGGUUUUGGACAAGGAAAAAUCUUCAUUCGUCUUGGAUGAAUUUCCACGCUUUAAAGAUGUUGAAGGCUUGAUUGCGCAAGAUUUCCACCUUCAGUUUGGACACGAUGUAGCUGCCAGGCUUUUGGAAAGGUGGCCUACAACAUUCAAGCAAAAGGUUAUUCAGCAGAGCAAGACUCUGCCCUCCUCAGCCGACCUUGAAGUGCUGAUCCAGUGUGCAGAAGCCACCUCAGAGGAAGUGGACAUGGAUGACAUUCUUGUCUCUGGAUGGGACAGUGAUCUCUCCUCAAUUAUCCUCCUCCUUCACCUGAUUCCUCCUUCCGCCCAAGGCCGUAAAAGACCAGGCAGAGUGUCGGCAUCCCAAGCGGAGAAGCAUCUUGUUGUGUUUAAGAAGGUUUGUAUUGUAGCUUACAGUAUACACUGAUUUCAAAAGUUUCUG